AUGGAAGCACACAACUGUGAGAUGAAGAGAGACAUUGUGGAGUUCAUGUCUCGGUGUUUGAAUUGUCAACAAGUGAAGUAUGAACACCAGAAGCCUGCUGGUGUGAUUCAGAGGAUGCCCAUACCCGAGUUGAUCAAAUCUGCACAUUUCAUACUGGUUCGGACUACUUACACUUCUGAGAAGUUGGUAAAAAUCAAUAUCCGUGAGAUAGUUCGUUUGCAUGAGGUGCCCAUUUUGAUCACUUCGUAUCUGGGCACACAAUUUACUCUCAUUUCUGGCGGUCUAUGUAGAAGUUGUUGGUUUGAUGAUUUUGCGGUUGGGACGUGGGGUAGUGAUUUGUUCAGGGAUUCCUUGGAUAAGGUCAAGUUGAUUCAGGAGAGACUUCUUAUGGCUCAAAGUAAGCAAAAGAGUUAUGCGGAUAGGAAGGUUCGUGAGUUAGAGUUCAUGGUUGGAGAGCGGGUCCUAUUGAAGGUUUCGGCCAUGAAGGGUGUGAUGAGGUUCGAGAAGAAGGACAAGUUGAGCCUGAGGUUUAUUGGCCCACUUGAUAUUGUUCAGCGUAUUGGCGAGGUACCUUAUGAGUUGGAUUUACCUCAUGUGUUACUUGAUCAGAACUUGGCUUUUGAGGAAGAGCGGGUAGCCAUUUUGAAUAGGCAGGUUCGGAAGUUGAGGUCGACGAAAAUUGCUUUAGUGAAAGUUCAAUGUUUCAAAAGAGUCUCGGGUGUUGGAUUGAAAUUCGAGAGACACCAGAAAAAUGUGGUGCCUGAUGUCUGGUUUCCUCCUACGCGAUCGCGUAGGAGGAGUUUCAUUCGCGAAGAGGAGGGGUCCAGGGGGAUCACAAUCGCUGGUUAA